AUGGUUGUCAACAAAGGUAUUCGAUUACUAUCCACCAAGGCUGCGAGAUUUGUACCCUCGGGGGGUGUGUAUCCCAAAGGGUUUGUGGUUGGAGGCAUUCACUGUGGAGUGAAAAAGGACGGAAAGUCGCCAGAUUUGGCAGUUUUGCACAACACUUUUGGCCAGGAUGCCAAUGCUGCCGCUGUAUUUACGAAGAAUAAGUUCAAAGCAGCUCCUGUGCAAGUGCUGGCAGCCACAAUCAAGCAAAAAAAUGGCGUGGGUAUCAAUUCCAUCAUCGUGAACAGUGGGAAUGCCAAUGCUGUUACAGGUCAAAAAGGUAUGGAAGAUGCCAGAGCCAUGGCUAUGGUUACGGAUUCUGUGUUUGGGGACCAUAAGGACUCUACCUUGGUGAUGUCUACUGGAGUUAUUGGAAACAAGCUUCCAAUUGAUAAUAUACUAUCAGGUAUACCCAAAUUGGAACUGCAAGUAGGUGACUCCCACGACCACUGGUUAGCCUGUGCCAAUGCAAUUUGCACUACUGAUACGUUUCCCAAGCUUGUUAGCAAGAGUUUUGAGAUCAAUGGCAACACAUAUACCAUGGCUGGUGUGGCCAAAGGCGCCGGUAUGAUAUGUCCUAACAUGGCCACAUUAUUGGGAUUUUUCGUCACAGAUGCUCCUGUUUCCGCCAAAGCUCUCCAGCAAAUCUUGUCGUAUGCCACAGAUAGAUCGUUCAACAGCAUUUCUGUCGAUGGAGACAUGUCCACCAACGACACGAUUGUGGCCAUUGCCAAUGGAGCUGCUGGAGGUGACUUGAUCGACAACAAUUCGUCAUGUGCGGAGUCUUACUUUGAGCUUCAGAAGGAGGUGACAUCUUUUGCUCAAAAAUUAGCACAAUUGGUUGUUCGCGAUGGUGAAGGUGCGACGAAAUUCAUCACCUUGAAAGUCAAAGAUGCUCUUUCAUACAAAGACGCCAAGUCCAUUGCUUCCUCAAUUGCCAAUUCCUCCUUGUUUAAGACCGCCAUGUUCGGCAAAGAUGCCAAUUGGGGCCGUAUUUUGUGUGCCAUUGGCUACUCUGACGUCAGCACUGCUCAGUCCAUUAUUCCCGACAGAACAAGUGUAACUUUUGUCCCCACAGACGGCCUGGAACCAUUGCCUUUACUUGUAGAUGGCGAGCCUGAGUCUGUGGAUGAAGCACGGGCAGCGCAGAUUCUUGAGUUGGAAGACCUCGAAAUCGAAAUUGACCUCGGAACUGGAGGAGGCCAGGAAGCCAAAUUCUGGACCUGUGACCUCAGUCACGAGUACGUUACCAUCAACGGCGACUACCGGUCGUGA